AUGACUUGGGCGAUUCCUUUGGCGCUAGAGAUUGCCUCAACGACAGCACCCCUAGGCAUUUGGAGGCGACGCCAACUGGGCAGAGUAGGCUUCAGUGCCGGUGGAGUUGGGGCUGGCCUGGACAAAGACGGUGUGAGUGGCAACGCUAGCCUGGGCAACGCAAGGCAGCUGGGUGCUGGCCUAGGCCUGGGCAAUGCUAGGCAGAAUGGCUCAACUGGUGGAGCCCAAUUGGACGGCAGUGCUAUUCUUUGCGAGUUUCUAGGCGGCACCAAUCUUCGCGGUAAGGCUCCAAGGAGACGCGGUGUUCAACUAAGUGGUGCCAAGUGUCUCUUUGGGCCACUGGGAGACGACGGGCGACGUCCUAGCAUAUUGGGUAGCAAUGCUUGGUGGAGUAUUAGACAAUCAUAA